GAUGAGGAGGAAGGAGUACACUGAACUCUGACGAGCUCCCUGCAAACAACUCUGUUACUGAAACGCAGAAGGAAGCGGUGUGAAUGAGGAUUAUCUAUACCCUUCUCUUGAGAAAGUUUAAUGCUUCUGUAAAGAUGCAUUGAAGAUGGACGUGGAAGAGUCUGGUGAAACGAGGACUUCCUGCACUGCAGUGUUGGGAGAGACGAACUCCAUCCCCUGUGACCAUGCUGGGAAGAAGAGAAAACAAGACCCAGAACCUGUGGUGAGAAUCAUUGAGGAUGAAGAGGAAGAUGAGGAGGGUGAGAUGAUGUCCGAGCACAUCAGGGAUUCAGAGGAACCCAGUAACAAAAGGGUCAAACCUGUGGUAAAGUCCAACAGCCUAACAGGUGUCAUAACCCCGGUGAAGACCCCUGCUCUGAAACGCAUUGGACAGUCUAUUUCGCGGUCUAUUAGUUUUCGCACGGAGGCUCGACCUUUGCCCCCGGCUCCCCUGCGCCAUCGCGCAAAGGCCUCGUCGUAUCCACGCCGGCGCAACAGCCAGUGCUGGAGUGACACUGUGGAGAGCCAUGACCUCACUGCAAAGGAGAUCAAACGACAAGAGGUGAUCUAUGAGCUGACUCAGGGUGAGAGACAACUCAUUGAAGACCUCAGUCUGGUCAAGAAGGUGUAUUAUGAGCCCAUGCUGAAGUUGGACAUCCUGACAGAGAGUGAGCUUGGGCAGAUCUUUGGUACACUGGACUCUCUCAUUCCUCUCCAUCAAGAUCUUCUGAGUCGUCUUGAGCGGCUGAAAGGAUCAGAGAAGACAAUCGGACAGGUCGGGCCUACUCUGAUGAACUGGUUCCCUUGUCUGGAGGCCUAUGUUACGUACUGCUGUAACCAGGUGGGGGCUAAAGCCUUGCUUGACCAGAAAAAGCAUGAGAAAAGAGUUGAGCACUUCCUGCGUCUGUGUCAGGAGUCCUCGUUCAGCAGAAAACUGGACCUGUGGAACUUCCUGGAUCUCCCACGAAGCCGUUUGGUCAAAUACCCCCUUCUGUUGAAAGAGAUUCAGAAGUGCACGCCUCCAGAGCACCCGGAUGAGGACACAUUGCCUGAUGCUUUGGAGCUGGUCCAGAGCAUCGUGGCGGAGGUAAACAAGAAGACAGGAGAGGCCGAGUGUCAGUUCUACAGGCGGGGCCUUGCAUAUCUCGAAGAGAGCCAGAGACUACAAGAGAUCCAGCUGUCCCGCUUCCUGUACUGCCACGGAGAGCUCAAGAACAACAAGGGCCAGCGGCUGCAUGUAUUCCUGUUUGAGCUGGCCUUGGUGCUGACUAGGCCGGCGGAGGACAGAGCGGGAGGUCAGAUGUUCAAUGUGUACAGACAGCCGCUGCCGAACGCCUUGAUAAAUCUGGAGGAGAUCCCAGAUGGGGAGGCUGCUGGAGGGGGCACCUUCAGGGGAGCCUUCACUGGAGGAAAUGAUAAAGUGAAAAACUGUUUCCGUGUGAGCAGCAGAGGGCGCUCCAAACUUCACCCUUACUGCCUGCAGGCCAACGACUCCUUCAGCAGGCAGCAGUGGAUCACCUGUCUGCGCCAAGCCAUUGUCCAGUCGCGGGACAGGACCGCUCAGACCAGCCAGGCGCAGCUCUCCCUCCACCCUGAUCCCGCCCUGUAUCACAUAGCCGAGCUCAGCCUCAGCUCGGACACAGAAAUGGCAGAUCAUACCUGUUGCUGACGGUGUCAUACAGAUGAUCAGGAGGCAUGGGAAGUGAACUGGAUAUUGACACCAGAGAGAAUAAAAUAAAGACUGUGAAAGGGGAUUGUGCUUAGACAGAUAUAGAAUUACCUACAUGGAUUUUGUCUGUUCAUGCAUUUGCUGAUGGAUUGUGUGAUUGUGGUGAUGUUUGCUGUACAGCUUGAGAACAGUAUUACUGAAUGUGGAUUUACAAUGUAAAAAUUGUUUUUUUUAAAUAAACUGACAU